AUGGACCUGGACGUGGACGUGGACAUGGACAUGGACGUGGACGUCGACUUGGACGUGGACGUGGACGUGGACGUGGACGUGGACGUGGAUGUGGUCAUGGACUUGGACAUGGUCGUGGACGUGGUCGUGCACGUGGACGUGGUCGUGGACGUGGACGUGGACGUGGACGUGGACGUGGACGUGGACAUGGACGUGGACGUGGACGUGGACCUGGACCUGGACGUGGACGUGGACGUGGACGUGGACGUCGACGUGGACGUGGACGUGGACGUGGACGUGGACGUGGACUUGGACGUGGACUUGGACAUGGUCGUGGACGUGGUCGUGGACGUGGACAUGAUCGUGGACGUGGACGUGGACGUGGACGUUGACGUGGACUUGGACGUGGACGUGGACGUGGACAUGGUCGUGGACGUGGACGUGGACGUGGACGUGGACAUGGACGUGGACGUGGACGUGGACGUGGACGUGGACGUGGACGUGGACGUGGACGUGGACGUGGACGUGGACCUGGACGUGGACCUGGACGUGGACGUGGACGUGGACGUGGACGUGGACGUGGACGUGGACGUGGUCGUGGACGUGGACGUGGACGUGGACGUGGACGUGGACGUGGACGUGGACGUGGACUUGGACGUGGACUUGGACGUGGACGUGGACGUGGACGUGGACGUGAACGUGGACGUGGUCGUGGACGUGGUCGUGGACGUGGACGUGGACGUGGACGUGGACGUGGACGUGGUCGUGGACGUGGACGUGGACGUGGAAGUGGACGUGGACGUGGACGUGGAGGUGGACGUGGAGGUGGACGUGGAGGUGGACGUAGACGUGGUCGUGGACGUGGACGUGGACGUGGACGUGGACGUGGACGUGGACGUAGACCUGGACGUGGACGUGGACGUGGUCGUGGUCGUGGACGUGGACGUGGACGUGGACGUGGUCGUGGACGUGGACGUGGACGUGGACGUGGACAUGGACGUGAACGUGGACGUGGUCGUGGACGUGGACGUGGACGUGGACGUGGACGUGGACGUGGAGGUGGAUGUGGACGUGGACAUAGAUGUGGUCGUGGACUUGGACGUGGACGUGGUCGUGGACGUACACGUGGACUUGGACGUGGACGUGGACGUGGACGUGGACAUGGACGUGGACGUGGACGUGGACGUGGACGUGGACGUACACGUGGACGUGGACGUGGACGUGGACGUACACGUGGACGUGGACGUGGACAUGGACGUGGACGUGGAGGAGGACGUGGACGACGUGGACAUGGACGUGGACGUGGACAUGGACGUGGACAUGGACGUGGACGUGGACGUGGACGUGGACGUGGACGUGGACGUGGACGUGGACGUGGACGUGGACAUGGUCGUGGUCGUGGACGUGGACGUGGACGUGGACGUGGACGUGGACGUGGACGUGGACCUGGACGUGGACGUGGACGUGGACGUGGACGUGGACGUGGACCUGGACGUGGACGUGGACGUGGACCUGGACCUGGACGUGGACGUGGACGUGGACGUGGACGUGGACGUGGACUUGGACGUGGACGUGGACGUGGACGUGGACUUGGACGUGGACGUGGACAUGGACGUGGACGUGGACGUGGACGUGGACGUGGACGUGGACGUGGACGUGGACGUGGACGUGGUCGUGGACGUGGACGUGGACGUGGACGUGGACGUGGACGUGGACAUGGACGUGAACGUGGACGUGGUCGUGGACGUGGACGUGGACGUGGACGUGGACGUGGACGUGGACGUGGAGGUGGAUGUGGACGUGGACAUAGACGUGGUUGUGGACUUGGACGUGGACGUGGUCGUGGACGUACACGUGGACUUGGACGUGGACGUGGACGUGGACGUGGACAUGGACGUGGACGUGGACGUGGACGUGGACGUGGACGUACACGUGGACGUGGACGUGGACGUGGACGUACACGUGGACGUGGACGUGGACAUGGACGUGGACGUGGAGGAGGACGUGGACGUGGACGUGGACGUGGACGAGGACGUGGACGUGGACGAGGACGUGGACGUGGACCUGGACGUGGAGGACGUGGACAUGGACGUGGACGUGGACAUGGACGUGGACAUGGACGUGGACGUGGACGUGGACGUGGACAUGGACGUGGACGUGGACGUGGACGUGGACGUGGACGACGUGGUCGUGGACGUGGACGUGGACGUGGACAUGGACGUGGACGUGGACGUGGACGUGGAGGUGGACGUGGACGUGGACGUGGACGUGGACGUGGUCGUGGACGUGGACGUGGACGUGGACGUGGACGUGGUCGUGGACGUGGAGGUCGACGUGGAGGUGGACGUGGACGUGGACGUGGACGUGGACGUGGAGGUGGACGUGGACGUACACGUGGACGUGGACGUGGACGUGGACGUACACGUGGACGUACACGUGGACGUGGACGUGGACGUGGACGUGGACGUGGACAUGGACGUGGACGUGGACGUGGUUGUGGACGUGGACGUGGAGGACGUGGCCGUGGACGUGGACGUGGAGGACGUGGACGUGGACAUGGACGUGGACGUGGACGUGGACGUGGACCUGGACGUGGACAUGGACGUGGACGUGGACGUGGACGUGGACGUACACGUGGACGUGGACGUGGACGUGGACGUACACGUGGACGUGGACGUGGACAUGGACGUGGACGUGGACGUGGACGUGGACGUGGACGUGGACAUGGACGUGGUUGUGGACGUGGACGUGGAGGACGUGGACGGGGACGUGGACGUGGAGGACGUAGACGUGGACAUGGACGUGGACGUGGACGUGGACGUGGACGUGGACAUGGACAUGGACGUGGACAUGGACGUGGACGUGGACGUGGACGUGGACGUGGUCGUGGACGUGGACAUGGACGUGGACGUGGACGUGGACGUGGAGGUGGACGUGGACGUAGACGUGGACGUGGACGUGGACGUGGACGUGGAGGACGUGGACGUGGACGUGGACGUGGAGGACGUGGACGUGGACAUGGACGUGGACGUGGACGUGGACGCGGACGUGGAGAUGGACGUGGACAUGGACGUGGACGUGGACAUGGACGUGGACGUGGACAUGGACGUGGACGUGGACGUGGACGUGGACGUGGACGUGGACGUGGACGUGGACGUGGACGUGGACGUGGAGGUGGACAUGGUCGUGGAGGUGGACGUGGACGUGGACGUGGACCUGGUCGUGGACGUGGACGUGGACGUGGACUUGGACGUGGACGUGGACGUGGACUUGGACGUGGACGUGGACGUAGACGUGGACGUGGACGUGGACGUGGACGUGGUCGUGGAGGUGGACGUGGACGUGGACGUGGACGUGGUCGUGGACGUGGACGUGGACGUGGACGUGGACGUGGACGUAGACGUGGACGUGGACGUGGACGUGGACGUGGACGUGGACGUACACGUGGACGUGAACGUGGACGUGGACGUGGACGUGGACAUGGACGUGGACGUGGACGUGGACGUGGAGAUGGACGUGGACAUGGACGUGGACGUAAACGUUGACGUGGACGUGGACGUGGACGUGGACGUGGACGUGGACCUGGACGUGGACGUGGACGUGGACGUGGACUUGGACGUGGACGUGGACGUGGACGUGGACGUGGACAUGGACGUGAACGUGGACGUGGUCGUGGCUGUGGACGUGGACGUGGACGUGGACGUGGUCGUGGACGUGGACGUGGACGAGGACGUGGACGUGGAGGUGGACGUGGACGUGGACGUGGAGGUGGACGUGGACGUGGACGUGGUCGUGGACGUGGACGUGGACGUGGACGUGGACGUGGACGUGGACAUGGACGUGGACGUGGACGUGGACGUGGACGUGGACGUGGACAUGGACGUGGACGUGGACGUGGACGUGGACGUGGACCUGGACGUGGACGUGGACGUGGACGUGGAGGACGUGGACGUGGACGUGGACGUGGAGGACGUGGACGUGGACAUGGACGUGGAUGUGGACGUGGACGUGGACAUGGACAUGGACGUGGACAUGGACGUGGACGUGGACGUGGACGUGGACGUGGUCGUGGACGUGGACGUGGACGUGGACAUGGACGUGGACGUGGACGUGGACGUGGAGGUGGACGUGGACGUGGACAUAGACGUGGUCGUGGACGUGGACGUGGACGUGGUCCUGGACGUGGACGUGGACGUGGACGUGGACAUGGACGUGGACGUGGACGUGGUCGUGGUCGUGGACGUGGACGUGGACGUGGACGUGGAGAUGGACGUGGACGUGGACGUGGACGUGGACGUGGAGAUGGACGUGGACGUGGACGUGGACGUGGACGUGGACGUGGACGUCGACGUGGUCGUGGACGUGGACGUGGACGUGGACGUGGUCGUGGACGUGGACGUGGACUUGGACGUGGUCGUGGACGUGGACGUGGACUUGGACGUGGUCGUGGACGUGGUCGUGGACGUGGACAUGGUCGUGGACGUGGACGUGGACGUGGACGUGGACGUGGACGUGGACUUGGACGUGGACGUGGACGUGGACGUGGACAUGGACGUGGACGUGGACUUGGACGUGGACGUGGACGUGGACGUGGACGUGGACAUGGUCGUGGUCGUGGACGUGAACGUGGACGUGGACGUGGACGUGGACAUGGUCAUGGACGUGGACGUGGACGUGGACGUGGACGUGGACAUGGUCGUGGACCAGGCACGCUCCUGGACCAGGCACGCUCCUGGACCAGGCAAGCUCCUGGACCACGCAAGCUCUUGGACCUUUCAUGCUUCUCGACCAAGAAAGCUCCUGGACAAGGCAAGCUCCUGGACCACGCAAGCUCUUGGACCAGGCACGCUCCUCGACCAGGCAAGCACUUGGACCAGGCAGGCUUCUGGACCAAGCAAGCUCCUGGACCAGGCAAGCUCCUGGACCAGGCACGCUCCUGGACCAGGCUAG